GGUUCAUUCAGUAGCUGCCCGAGCGUUGCGAGUGUACAACACAAGACGAGUGACUGAGGAAAUGCAAGCUGCGUUUACAAUAAAGUUUGUACAGCUGGGAGCUGCCUUGCUAUGGCUAGCCACAGACUGGACUACAGCCCAAGAUCAGGAUCUAGUCAGAUCAUGCGCUGCCUACAAGAAGAGCGUGUUUGAGGAGACAUCAGAGUUCAGUCUGCUCUAUCUGAAUGCACCGAUUAUCUACAAGACCAGAGACACGUGCAGCAGCUACACGCCGCUGAUUAUCGGUGGAGGAGCAGCCCUGCCCAAGGAGUUUCCACACGCCGCUCGCCUGGGUAAUCGCGAUGAAGAUAACGAAAUCGAUUGGUUCUGUGGCGGCACCUUGAUCAGCAAUCUACAUGUUCUCACAGCCGCCCAUUGCCUCUACAGCGAGAAUGGCGCAGUGAAUGUGGUUCGGUUGGGAGAACUCGAGUUCGACAACGACAAGGAUGACGCUGAUCCGGAGGACUUUGGUGUGGCCAAUUCCACGGUGCAUCCUGGCUACGCUCAUCCCAUCAUUUACAAUGACAUUGCACUGCUGCGACUGAGUCGACCCGUCACCUUCAACGAGUACAAGCAUCCGGCAUGCCUGCCCUUCCACGAUGGCUCCAGCGAUCAGACAUUCAUUGCCAUUGGCUGGGGACAGGUGAAGGUUGUCAGCGAGAGUUCCAAGAAGCUGCGGAAGGUGCGCCUGAAUAACUAUGGCACUCGCUGCAGCACCACGUCCGAGCCGAACGAAGAGCUGCCCAAUGGCUACAAUGGCACCACUCAAAUCUGCAUCGGCUCCAAGGAGCACAAGGACACAUGCAACGGAGACUCUGGUGGUCCGGUGCUGACAUACCACAAGGACUUUCCGUGCAUGUACCACGUGAUGGGCAUCACCUCCACGGGCAACUUCUGCGACACUCCAGACUUUCCAGGCCUCUACACACGCGUGCAUCAAUACUUGGACUGGAUCAAAGCGGAGAUGGCCAAGACGUCAUAGCAGUCACGUGCCCAAUGCUAAUUAUAGUUCAUAUUUGUGCACAU